ACCAGACGUCCUUUUCUAGCAGAAAGGUUUCUUUAUGAGGUCAGCUGGUGGCGUCCUGUCGAAAAUUCGAAUUUCCUUUUAAAACCAAAUCCCUGCUGUUUCAACGAUGCUGAGAGUUCAAAGUAAAUCGCACUUGGAGGACCUCGAUGGAUUCACUGAAUUCGAGGACGACAUUCAUUUCGAUUCUGAUGAUCCAGACUUUGAACAUCACAGCUCACUUCACAACAUUUUCUUUGAGAAUCAGGCUCUUGCGAUUAGGGCUGGCACAACUUUGGUACCAUCAAAGAUGUCUUUAGCCAGUGUGCAUCAUCCAGCUGACAUCCAUUCGAGCCGUAGCUCGUUGUCCACUUUCAGCCACAGUAUGGACGAUAUCGCCUCCUGGGGCUACAAUCAUGCUCAUGAGGCUGUUCUCACCAUCGAAGAGCUGCGGAAUCAGCUCAACUGCUGUUUCUCCUGCGGCGUGUCUUGGGCGGAAAGCCACGUUUCUUUGGAUUGCUCCGAAUGCGGAGGCUACGCCAUGGAAAGACCCUGCCCUAAGUGCGAAGGAGCCUGCGGCGCCGUGUGGAAAAGAGAUUUAAGCAUGUCUCAUGCUAGUUCGAAAGCUAGAUGGUCAGGCGAGUGCGCCAAAUCCCAACAAAGAGAACAACCAUCCGGUUCUCCAAUCUCGCAAGAACUGAGUAGUCGAUUGGAGCGUCUUAAUGCCACCUCAUGACGCCAUUUUACUCUAUAAUCUACAAUUAAGCUAGGCUAUAACGCACUCGCAUAGUAUACGGGGAGUUAUUUAUUUAGUUAAUUUCAUAGCCGAUGCAAUCAUCAACCACUUUUUUGACUCUAACGCGUCGAAGGGAGUUACAUACAACUCAUUGCCGAUAUUUCAAAUGUUCUUCACAUAGGAAUCACCGCCCCCAACGUUACGUUUUAAAUUUCUUGCGUUCAAGGAAUAUUUCAAUCAUGUUUUACAUUAAAACCAUUUUUUCGGUAUCGUAUGCCAGCUCGUAAAUUUACGUUAAAAUAAUUCUAGUCUUAAUUAGAACGUAGUUUUAAUUGACCAUGAGCUUCGUCACAUUUUGAUACAGGAUCAAAUAUUCGACAUUCCUUUUAAAACUAUGUUACUGCCUAGCGAAAUUGAAGAAUCGAACUUCGCCGGUUUAAAUGCCUUCUAGCUAAUGAAAUUUGAUUGUUUUCCAACCAGUCCGCUAACACAAAGCAAAGGUAAAUGGUCUCAAUCUGGUGGUGGCUUUUGUAGGCCAACGACUAUCGUAACUGUAUUUCUAGAAAAAUGUAUCUCAUUGUUGUAAGGUAGAUAUUUGUACUUUUUGGACUAAAUAUAAGUACAUUAAAAAUCGUUUUUCUAAUUGACGUAGUUAGAAUUACAUGUAUCUUUUUGUAUGACUGAUAUUUGUUUUGAAUAUGUAUUCAUUAUUCAAUAAACGAUGAAAUGUA